CCAUCCCUCCCUCCAUCCAUCGACGAUGGAGCCACCCCACCCGCUUAAUCAAUCAUUCGCCAUUAAUCUCCAUCGACCGUCGACACACAACUUUGUCACCCACGCACAGUUAAUUAAUUGGGAGCGCACCUACACUCUCUGUCCACUGUACAUCUCCGUCGCCAUCCUGCAACCCCCCUCCUGUAGCUAGCUAGCCGCAUCAUUUCUCGAUCUCUCCUCCUCCUUGUGUCAGUGUCACUCUCCUACCUCCACCAUAGCCGCUACCUCUAUCUAGCUAUAAAGGCCGGACCAUUGUGUGCCAUGUGAGACCCCUCCUCGUCGUCCUCCUCCUCCUAUCUCUCUAGCUUUCGAGCUCUGCUCAGCUUCUUGAUUCGGCCGGUCCAUCCAAGUGGAGAGAGAGAUAGAGAGAGAGAGAGAGAGAGAGAGAGAGAGAGAGAGAGAGAGAGAAUGGGGUUCCCGGCGGUGUACUCGGAGAUGCCGAGGCUGCUGCUGAACCUGCUCUUCCUGCUCGGCCACCUGCGCCGCCUCUCCUCCUGGCUGCUCCGCCUCGUCGGCGCCGGCGUCGACGACGACCUCUGCUUCGACUACUCGGACGCCUCCGACUUCGCCCACUUCGCCGACCACCACCAGGAGCAAUACCAACACCAACGCCAACACCACGACCAUGGCCUGGAGGAGCUGGAGGAGCACUCCCCGGCCGUGCGCUUCGACGCGCUCCCGUCCGACGGCGACGACGGCACGUCGCCGCUGCUGCCGGAGGGCUGCGCGGUGUGCCUCGGCGACUUCCACGGCGCCGCGCGGGUGCGCCGGCCGCGCGGGUGCCGGCACGUGUUCCACCGCGGGUGCCUCGACCGCUGGGCCGCCCACGGCCACCGCACCUGCCCGCUCUGCCGGGCUCCGCUCCUCCCGCCGACGACGGCGUCUCUGAGCCCCGUUCUCCUGCCCGUGCCGCUGCCGGCGUCGUGAUUGGCACAGAGCAUGCUCGUUCAGGGUGCUGUUUGCAUAUAUGUUCGGCGACUAUUCUUGCGGCGGGAUCCUGCGGAGAGGAUUCCGAAUUCGUCGCUUCCGGUUGGGCUUUUAUGCAAAAACAAGCUCAGCCGGUGAGAGCGCAGCAAGGGCCAGGCCGAGGAGGCCAUUGGCGGAGAGGCGUCGAAAUAUUUUCCAGUCGCCCCUCGCCAGGAGAGAUUAUCACAAGACGGUCCCCAUGGAAGGGGAUUAGUUCCUGCUUUGAGCUUUGGUUUAGUUUGGCUUUGGACUCGAAUGGAGUUGGUCUCCAGAGCAAAAUCCAUAUACCAAGAAAGAAGAAAAGGACAACAUAUGUAUGUACAUCAGACUUAAUUAGAUUAGUGGGAGUAAAUAGAGUGGUGAAUCCGAAUAUAUGCACGGCUUUUGCUCUGUUUGCUUUUCUUUUC